AUGUCCCAAGGAUCUCCUCCACAAGACAGCAAAGAACCCUCGUCCGAACCCGAUUCGCACAAGGAGGAAACAACCACCAACACCGCUGCUACUACCGCCACCGCCGCCCCCGAUGCUGCUCCUCCCGCCCCCACCCGGAACCGACCCUCCCGUGCCUGCACCAUUCGCACGGCUGCACGCCUCUACUCGGCGUCGCAGCCGGCGAGGCCGAAGGCCGCAAAGAGGGAGCCUCGCAGCGAGGAGUCGCCAGCGCCACCGUCAUCGCCGCAGCCACAGCAAUGCAGCAAGAUCGUGACUCCGCUGGUGGAACCGCCCCCGCCAGCGCAGUUGCCGCGCUACAACCUCCGCUCCAUGUGGGAAUUGGCUUCAAUACUCAAUUUUUUGAAUCUUUUUAGGCAUCUUUUGAAUAUUUCAGCAGAAUUCUCGGCUGAAGAGUUUGAGACGGCUUUGCUCACUCCCAACGACACAUUGGGUGAUAUACACAUGCCUUUGCUAAAGGAGUUUGUAGGAUGUUGCUUUAGUGUGUCUUUGUUUAAUUUGAGUGAUAUUGCAGUGGUUUUGGUUAUGAUUAGUGCACCUCUGGGUGCCAAUGCUUUGGUCAGUGCAAUUCCUCCCAUAACACGAAUGGCACUCACACAUGACACUUGGAUAACGGUGUUAUGCAGAAAAUUGAGAGAUUGGUGGCACUGGGUUGCUGAUGGGGAUCUUCCUAUUGUUGCUUCACAUGGAGCGGAGAUUGAAGUAUAUAAAUCACUUGAUCCAGGGGUUCGUGUGGUCAUCUUAAAAGCAUUAUGUGACAUUCGUGUUGAGCAAGAAGAUAUCAGAAGUUACAUUGACAGCUCAAUCAAACAUGGCAUUCCACUUUCGACAUUUCGUAAGGAGCGUAUUGGUGGUGAUUCCCAUGGAGUUUCUUAUUGGUAUGAAGAUGACCAAAUUAUUGGUCAUAGGUUGUAUCGGGAAAUAAGGAAAACUGAGGUGGUUCAAAUGAAGAAAGGGAAACCAAGAGGUUCACAGGUUUUUUCUAAUACAACCUACCAGUGGGAAACAGUUGCUACCAAUUUUGAUGAAUUUCUGGAUGUUUCUGAGAAACUUUUCACAAGUAAAAACAGAACAGAGGUUUCUGUGGGGAAGAAGGUGAAGAUAGACAUGCUCCCUGAAAUUGAGAAGGUUCACAAGAGAAAAGAGAGGUUGAUGAAAAAACAACACAGACAAGCUCUUCUUCUGGAUAAUUUCUUGGGUGUUGAUGGACUUGCUCUAGGUCGUUCACUUCGUGAUAGGAAACCAGUUACAUACACUUUCGAUGAUUAUGAUCGAUCCAUCAAUGAGGCAAUUAAGAUAACCAAACGGAAACCACCAUCCCCAGAACCUAUACCCAGAAGAGAAGCAGGACCAAAACCUGAAGCUUUAACCAAUGGUAAAUGGAGUGGUCCUUCUCCUUCACGUGACCCUCAAGAUCUAACUUUUGGCAUGCCAUCUCCAAAAUCACCAGACCUCGAAGAUAUGGAGGAAGAUAAUCAAACUGACAUACUGGACUUGGACCGAAGCAAUAGGCGGAGGCAGAAGCCCAAGCGGUAUUCAGAGAAAGAGUAUGUUGAAGCAUUGUCAGAUAAUGAGGCUGAUUAUGACAGUGAUGAUGAUAUUGUGGGAGAAGCCGUAUAUGAUGAAGAGUAUCUUCGGAAACGCAAGCAGAGAAGGAAGACUUCUAGUAGCUCUGGCUCUGAAGGAGAUGAAGAAUAUAAUUGGAAUGAAGAUAAUGUUGAAGAUGAAGAAGACGACGAAGAAGAAGAUUCCUUGAGUGUCAGUGAGGAUAGUGACAAGCCCCGCAAAUUCAAGCGACUGGCAGGCCGUACUAGGAGGGAAACUAAACUCAGGUCUGUAGGUGAAAUUCAAUCAGGUCUAAGACGCAGUAAGAGGGCAACACAGAAACGGAUAAAUUACCGACAGUUAGAAAUGUCUGAUUCAGAAACAGAGUUUAUCAAACCUGAUAAGUCUAAUGCAUCAGAUGAUCAAUCAGAUCCUACUGAGAAUGGGGAGUAUAUGAUGGAAAGUGAAGAUUCAGAUGGCAACGAUGAUGAAGAACAAGAAACAAAGGAUGUUGAGCCUGUUACCUACCCUGCAGAAGGGAACAACCCAUAUCCUGCUGUAGAGGAGAAUGAACAAAGCCAAAACCAGCCUCCUGAAAAAUCUAGUAGUCCAGGUCAGGAGGAAGUUGAGGGCACCGCAAAGCGACGCUUUCUUGAUUUGAAUGAGCUUGCCCCUAGCUCAGGUUUUGAUGAUGGUCCAAAUACAGCAACGAAAGAUGAAGGAAAUGAUGAUUUUUGA